AUGUCGAAUGCAUCCAGCGACGGAGGAGAAACCCUGGUGGAUCCGUACAAUUACGUCGGGGAUGUGCUAGGUGCUGGACCUGGUGAAAAUUAUCCUUUCUCGGAUUUACUUCCGUACAACCCAACUAGGGAGAAAUCUGACCCUCCUCUGCCAUACUUCGACAUUACCGACCGUGGUCAUUUUGCCGACCCUGCUUGUUCCCGCUUAAACGCUGCCGUGAAGAAAGCCGGGGGGAAGAUCAAAGAUCUGGGAAUAUGUGUGGGGUCUGUGAUAGAGGGAGAUAUCAAGCUUGAGGACUUGACUUCAGAGGAAAAAGAUGAUUUAGCUCUUCUGGUGGCCCGGAGAGGGGUAGUGUUCUUCAGAAGCCAGACUGGUCUGGAUGUUGACAAACAACGUGAAUUAGGAAGGUACUUUGGACCUUUACAUACUCAUCCUGUUCUUGCUGUUCCUCGUCGGAACGGUCUGGACGAUGUGGUUGUCAUUUACUCUGACAAGGAUUCCAGACCGGAUCCGUACGCCUUUUCUCGUGUAGAACUCUUUCACUCGGACGUAACGUUCGAAGCACAACCACCCGGUACGACCAUUUUGAAACUUAUGACCACUCCGGAAGUUGGGAAUGACACGCUUUGGUCUUCCGGCUACGCACUAUACUCCUCCUUGUCUAAACCAUAUCAGAAAUAUCUAGAAUCUUUAUCUGCCGUUCACUCUUCUUUCGGUCAAGCAUUAUGGCGUUCAGAAACCCUACCUACUCCUCGUCGACAACCUCUCGAAACAAUCCACCCCGUCGUACGUGUUCAUCCCGUCACAGGUUUCAAAUCCGUCUUUGUCAAUGCGGGGUUUGUCACACGUCUAGUCGGUGUACCCAAAGCAGAAUCGACAAACACUUUGAAAUUUUUAUUUGACAGUUUCGCACAACAAACCGAUGCUACUUGUAGAUGGAGAUGGCAAGAUGGGGAUGUAGCUUUAUGGGAUAAUAGGGUAGUUAAUCAUUCAGCUACUUUUGAUGCUUAUCCUUCGUUAAGACACGGUCUCCGAGUAACCCCACAAGCCGAACGACCCCUAAAUGUAAAUUCCUACGAAAAACAAUAUGGUCGUCAGGCGAAAGAUUGGUUAGAAGAAAGAUAUAGAGUUUUAGGUUUAGAUCCUCCACAUAUGGAUCAAGGAGGAAGUAUAAGUAAACCGUAUAAAGAUUGA